CUUUUCGUGAAUUUAUUCAAAGUUGAGGUUGUUUCAGCUAAGGGCUGCAAGUUGGUCCUUCCUUUUGAUCUCAACCAUUCCCUACUUCUCUUCUCUCAAUUUUCUCUCUUUCCAAACAGAAUUACUCCAAUUUUCUAUCCCUAUAAUUCUUUCUCAAUUUUCUCUCAGAAAUAUUUUUAUUUUUUUCCAGUUAGAGAAGUUUCUAGAAAAUAUUUUUCAACGAUGAAAAAUUGUGAACUUUGUAAUGGAUUGGCUAGGAUAUACUGUGAACCGGACCAUGCGAAUUUGUGUUGGGACUGUGAUUUGAAGGUGCACUCAGCGAACUUUCUCGCAGCUAAGCACUCGAGGUCGUUACUAUGCCACGUGUGCCAAUCGCCAACGGCUUGGUCGGCUACAGGUGCGAAGAUUGGCCGGACAGUCUCUGUAUGUGAAAGAUGCUCCAACAACAGCAAUAAUAUACCCAGUAUAAUUCCACAAGUGAGAAUUCGUGAGGGUAGAGUGUGCAUAGAUAUUAUCCCUACCUUGGUAGGUAGAGAUGAAAUUGGUGGAGAAGAAGACGAAAGAAUAGAUGAUAAUAAUGAUGUUGAGCAGGAGGAGGAGGAGGUUGAUUUAGAGGAUAUUCAGGUUGUUCCAUGGUCAUCUACUCCUCCUCCACCACCGCCUUCGAGUUCAUCCAGCAGCAGCGAAGAGUCGUUGAAUAGCUAUGGAAGCUUUUCGUUGAAGCGAAUGCGUGGAGAUGAUGAUGAUAGUGGAACUUCAACAGCUCAUCGAGAAAUUGGAGACUCAUUUUCAACGAGGAUCAGGACCCCUUUGAAGAUCCAGAAAACUGAAGAGAGCUUAACAGGUCGGGUCGGGUUGAUACUGAAGAGAUCCAAAUGUUUGAUUUUUUUGGGGGCAUUUUGAUUCCGGACUCCAUGCGAUGCAGUGCAAUGAGAACUUAAGAAGAAGAAGAGAAGGCAAGUGGGCAACUAAUGACAACAAAUGUCAUUGGCUGAAAAGGUGAAACUUUUUGUUUGCUCAUUCACGCACUAAUUUAGUGCGUCAAAGGCCAAACUGUUACUUUUUGCAAUUUGGUCCUUUCACGCACGAAAUUCGUGCGUGAAUCCUAUUUAUGUGUUUUUUUUUUCUAUACUACUUUCGUUCAACUUUUCUUUUUUUGUACUACUUAAGUCGCGGAUUCAAAAUCUUGUAGUCGGUGAAUUUCACAUUAUAUGGUUAUUAGGAUAAGAUUUAAUUUAUUCUACUCAAUCUUUUAGACGGUUUGACUAUUGAGGUGUACUUUUUUUACUAUGUAUAGUUUGUUUUAGGAUAAUGUUAAGAAUUCAAGAAAUCUUCCAUGGAUUAUCAAGAAAUUACAAGGUUUGUACGCAGAAUGUAACAAUCUUUUAAAAUAUUAAAUGAACAGUUUCUAUAGUUUGAGGUCAGGACUCAGGAACAGGUCUAGAACUUGUGGUAUACGUUUAUGUUCUCUUUUUGUGUUCUAUUAAUAUCGAAGUAAUUAAAUGCCAUAUACUGAAAAUAUAUUUUGCAACAAUGUUGGACCUUUUUAAGGGAUUUCAGAGUCUUGCAAUAUUUUUUUUUUUUUUUUUUUUUUUUUGUGCAAUUUGUUUGGUUUUGAUGAAAGAUGUCGAUUUAAAACUUCAGAAUGGUUGUUUUAAUCCAUCAGGCAUAUUUUGGACAAGAGAAUCAUGAGAGCUUAGGGAUUUGAUUUGUGAAAAUGCAAUAAUAAGAAAUAAGCAUAUAUUAGUGCCAACUUUACUUAUGCAGAGGCAGCUUGGGGAGGAACUUUUAGAGAUGAUAACCAAUCCUAAAAUACUCAAGUAAGAUGAAGCAUACUUGAAACCUUGUUACAUAAUUAUAG